GCCUCCGCGGUUCUGGCGUCUUCAGUCCUUUGGCCGGCCACCAGCAGGUGGGCAGAUGUUUCGGUGCGUUCCUACGGACGCUCAGGAAGAGCGAGUGCGCAGGAGUCGGCGGCCGAGGUUCCAUCUCUGAGCGGCCCGGGAACAGUGCAAGCAGGGAAAAGGGACGCGCCCCAGAAUGUGAGACUCCCACCAGGAAAAGCUCUGGGCUUGCCCUGGGGCAGCGGAUUUGACAGCCCCUGCGACCUAAGCGGACCGUGCUGCCAGCCCUGGGUUGUCCCCGCAGAGUGCGGGAAUCAAAGGUGUUGGGCCAGACCAGCAAGAACGAUUCCUCGCCAACCGGCACAGCGCCUAAGCUUCAGGCAGCCCCUAGACGUCCCUUGGUGACCCUGAAAGCCCCUGCAGGGCGCACCUAGAUUCCCACCAGGCAGCUUGCCAGCGUGGAAGAAUCCUUCGGAAGGCUGCAGUGAACUAUCUUGAGACCACCAAGUCGUGGGAGGGACGUCCUGGCCCAGGCCCUUCCCCACGCGGGGCGAGCGUGGUCCCCAAGCGUGUGGACCAUGGCGGACAGUGGCGGCUCCACCAGCAACUCCAGCCCCUGGUGGAAAUCUCUAACCAGGAAGAAAAGCAAAGAAGUCACCGUGGGAGCACAGCCUCAUGUUCAGCCAGAGGCGGAGGAUCACACACGGCCUUACUUGGAUCGGACUAGCAGCUCUGGAGAGAACCAGCACUCCGAUGUCCUUGUGGACACGGGAGAGCCCCCCGGGUCAGAUAAAUUGGGUGAGGAGAAAUCAGGUAACAGCCGGCGUAAUUUGAAGAUCUCACGCUCUGGCCGAUUUAAGGAGAAGAGGAAAGUGCGUGCCACACUGCUUCCCGAAGGAGACAGGUCCCCCGAAGAGGAGGCUGAUUUUCCAGAUGACCCCCAGGAAAACAAGCAAUAGCCUGAGCAAGCUUCCAGGACUGUCUCUCUCUGAGGAGAGAAAAACACUAUUACCCGAAUCCUGGUCCUUGAUGUCUUACUCAACUUCAGAAUAUUCAGGGGGACAAAAGUCUUCAAAGAUUUAAUUUUUUUUCUAGAAAAUGAAGUGUCAGCUGAGUCUUCAAUAGUCCGUGACUCAAAGAUGAGUAAGUAUUAUUUGUGGGGAGGGUAGACAGUUGCUUCUGAGGAAGUUGGCUUUUUUAAAAAGUUGUUCUGAGGCAUUGCUGUUGUUCCUGUCACCUGUGGGAAUGCAAAGGCUGAAUGGCUCUUUCAGAGGCAACGAGUAUGUGAUCAUCUCUUUGACUUCCCAAAUGAGGAAGCCAUGCCCUUGCCAGGGACUCUGGAGAGCAAAUUACAGUACUGUUUAUAAUGACUGAGAAACUUUAGGGUACUACCCUAGAUUUAUUCUUAUGUUAAGGGAUGGAAGUCCCCCCUCCCCCCCCCCCCCAGUUUAGAAGCAUUCAGAAAGUUGUUUUAAAUGAGGACCGCAAAGCUGUAUGCCGGUUUAUUGUGCACUAUUAAAACUG